AUGUGGACGUCUUCUUUCCAAGUGACUACACAAGCGUACUUGAAGCCUAUCGGUAUUACAGAUGGAUCACUAGCAGAGUUAUUUUUACUUGCUGAACUUGCUCUACGCUGUGUGAAUACGCAUUCAAUUCGAAAAAACUUGAGGUAAGCUUGUUGAAAAAAGAAAUCCAUAACAAAAAUUGUUGUUCGACCGUCUGUCUGUCAUCAGUGUGCAGCGUAUGAACCGGGAGACAUUUAAAUCGCACGGAUGAUGUAAGUUUCUUUCUGGCGCUAUAACAACAGAAAGAUCAAAUGGUUGUUACCGAAAACUUCAUUAAACUUUUAUUUAGUAAUUAUAGAAACAAAUCGGAAUAAUCUUUAAAAUCACGGCACCGCACUUACUAAUAUUAACUGUAAAAUAAAAUAAUUCAGAACCCAUACAUAAACAUUUACUAUCGUCAUCGUUACUAUUCAAUAAAAUUCUUUCGUACUUUUCAUAGCCACACAUUCCCACUCAGCAACAAUUAAGUGCCCGUACCGAUUGCACCGAUUGCCAUGAAGUUGUUAUUUUCAAACGAGAGCGAGUGAGGUCGUUCCCGACGUUUGCACUGAAAGAUUCAGGAUCGUUCGUCAAUUCAAACCGGUCUGUCGGGCUAGACAGACGUAAACUAGCCCGCUCCCGCACCUUCUAAAUCGUGAACUUCGGCAACAUGGGCACCAAGAAGAAAAAAGAACAAAAAAAAGAACCGGAACAACGGCUAUCGUACUACCAAAUUUUCCGCUACGCAACAUGCACGGAGUUGUUGGCUACAUUACUGGGUAUCCUGUUCGGGUUGGCGAGUGGUGGUGGGGUCUGCUACAACCUGGUCCAGAUCGGGGAGCUCAGCACAGCGUUCGUGGAGAGGACCACCUACCGGGAGAGGCUCACCAGCUACUUGCCACUUACCUCCACUUUCGGGGGUGGCAGAAGAUUGCUAAAUGCUUCCUAUGCCGAGAACAUGGCUGCUCUUAUAGAGGACGCGAAGGCGAUGGCAAUAGGACUGUUCCUCAGUAUCGGAGUAUCUCUGAUAUUUUGUAUGCUGUCUGUCGGACUCAUCAGCUGGAGUGCUUUACGACAGAUAACAAGAAUAAGAAUGAAAUUUCUGAGGUCUGUUCUCCGACAAGACAUGUCCUGGUUCGAUACUGACUCCGAAUUCAACUUGGCUUCGAAAAUGUCUGAGAACUUGAUGGCUUUAAAAGAAGGUAUGGGUGAGAAGCUAGCGGUCGUUUCGAAUCUCGUGGGGACUUCAAUAAUAUGUUUGUGCACUGCAUUUCCUUUGGGAUGGGAGCUGACCUUGGCUUGCGUAUCCGUUAUGCCGUUUUCUAUAGCCGUCUCCAUAGCUUUAACAAAUUAUCAAACAAAAUCAUCUAUGUUGGAGAUGGAAUCGUACAGUCAGGCAGGUAAACAAGCUGAAGAAGUGCUGAAGUCUGUCAGAACGAUCGUAGCGUUCAAUGGAGAAAACAAGGAGGUUGACAGGUAUACGAAGCUGCUUCAGCCAGCGGAGAAGCAAGGUCGCAAGCGAGGCCUCUACACAGGCCUGGGCAACGGCUUUAACUGGGUAUUAACAUACUCACUUAAUGCCAUUGGUUUCACGUACGGAACCCGGCUCGUUUUCAUCGAUUGGGACAAACCAGAUGAUGAACGAAAAUAUUUAGUUGGAGUUGUGUAUAGUAUUCUCUUCGGAGUAUACAUGGCCACCCAAUCCAUAACGUUCUGCGUACCACAUGCAGAAGUGUUUGCUGCGGCUCGAGGUGCCGCCGCAAGUAUAUUCCAGUUGAUAGACAGGGAGCCCAAAAUCGACAGUCUCAACAAUUCAGGAUUGUCACCAAGGAGAGUAAUAGGAGAUAUCACGAUAGAGGACGUUCAUUUCAGUUAUCCAUCCAGGCCUGAAGUGAAGAUUCUGAAUGGUUUUUCACUUCGAAUAAAAGCCGGCGAAUGCGUGGCAUUGGUCGGUUCAUCUGGUUGCGGCAAAUCUACUAUACUACAGCUGCUGCAAAGACUUUACGAUCCGCAUUCCGGAUCCGUGAGACUUGAUGGAAAGGAUGUCAGGAAUCUGAAUUUGGGAUGGCUGCGGUCUUGUCUUGGUGUGGUCGGUCAGGAGCCUGUACUUUUCCGAGGAACGAUAUUCGACAACAUUGCUAUUGGAUUCCCUGAAGCUACACGUGAAGAGGUGCAGUCUGUCGCUGAAAUGGCCUACGCUCAUGAUUUCAUCACACAGUUACCCAAUGGCUACGACACGGUGAUAGGAGAGCGAGGUGCAUCUCUCUCUGGUGGCCAGAAGCAGCGCAUAGCCAUCGCCCGCUCUCUACUGCGUGAACCUGCAGUACUUCUCCUGGACGAAGCCACUUCUGCCCUGGACCCUCAUUCUGAACGCGAGGUGCAGGCCGCUCUCGACCGCGUCAGUGUUGGACGAACUACUAUCAUGGUUUCACAUAGAUUAUCAACAAUUACUAACGCCGACCGCAUUAUCUGUAUGGAUCAAGGCGCAAUUGUGGAGGAAGGUACACACGAUGAACUGAUGAAAACAAAAGGUGUAUACCACAAGCUGGUAACCACAGGCAAAGAGAACAAGGAGCCUGAAGAAAUAGAUACUCUUCUAGAAGAACCGGAUGGUGAUGCAGAAGCUGCUGGAGAACCAGUCAUCGCACCAAGGACUGAUGUGAAAAGGAAAUCCAACAGACGCGUACACAGACAUCACUCUAUCAAGAGAGAUUCGCACGACUGGAUGACACCACGUGGUUCUAUAUGCUCUGUCGUGUCGACCGGCCUUCAGAACUUCGUGUACAACGCGGACUAUGAAUCUGACGAAGAGAAAGAUGAAGAUGAAGAAGUGAAACCUGUAAGCGACUGGCAGAUAUUGAAGCUGAAUGCGCCAGAAUGGCCUUUGAUAACUAUAGGGUCCAUUGCAGCAUUCACGCAGGGAGCUUGCUUCCCCGUGUUUGCCUUGCUCUUCGGAUUUUCCAGUGGCAUUUUCGUAUUAGAAGAUAGGAACGAAGUGAUUUACUUGGCUGAUCUGUACUCGGGUAUGUUCAUCGUGGUGGCAGCUGUGGCUGGAGUGUCCAUGUGCCUGCAAAGUACCACAUUCACCACUGCCGGCUUGAGAAUGACCACACGGCUGCGUCAACAAUACUUUUCGUCUCUCCUAAAACAGGAAAUUGGUUACUUCGACAAAGAAUGCAACACGGUCGGUGCCAUGUGCGCGAGGCUGAGCGGAGACACGGCUGAGGUGCAAGGCGCCACUGGUCUGCGGAUAGGUCUUAUUUUACAAGGACUCAGUUCAGUACUCGUUGGCUUUUUGAUGGCCAUCUGCUACAACUGGAAACUCACUUUAGUUGGAACAGUUUUCUUACCACUGAUGGUUGGCAGUAUAUGGCUUGAGGGAAUGGUUUCCCAACAAUCUCAGACCGAUGAGCGUGCCGCUAUGGAGUCAGCAACAGCCAUUGCGACUGAGGCAGUUGUCAGCAUCAAAACAGUUCAGAGUUUAGGCGUGGAGCAAAUAUUCCUCAAGAAGUUCGAGGAUGCGUUAGUAGAGGCUUGUAAGGCAGUUACUAAGAAGACUCGCUGGAGGGGUUUGGUCCUCGGUCUGGGAGUCUAUGUGCCUUUCAUGGCGUAUUGUAGCGCAACUGUUUACGGUGCAGUCUUGGUUGCUUAUGGAGAAAUUGAGUACAAGAUAGUAUUAUUGGUGAACGAAGCUAUAAUGUACGGUGCCUACAUGUUAGGACAAUCUUUGGUGUAUGUUCCAAGCUUCAACUCAGCCAAAACUUGUGGAGCUCGUAUACUAUCCAUCAUCAGAAGAACCCCUCGAGUCAGGACUGAGGACGGAAUCAGGGACAAAAAGGAUUGGGUCGCAUCCGGCAACUUCAGUGUUCGGGAUGUGGAGUUUAGUUACCCGACGCGGGCUCACCAGAGAGUGCUGAAAGGAGUUGAUCUGAAGGUGGAAGCAGGAAAAACUGUAGCCCUAGUCGGACCAUCUGGGUGCGGCAAGUCGACUGUCCUUCAGUUAAUGCAAAGAUUCUACGAUCCCGAUUCCGGUAACAUUGAACUGGACAGUCGGGACAUCAGGUCUUCGUUAACCCUGCCGCGGCUGCGUCGCCAGCUCGGUGUGGUGCAGCAGGAGCCGGUGCUGUUCGACCGGACUCUCGCCGAAAACAUCGCAUACGGGGAUAACAACCGGAAGGUCACCAUGCACGAAAUCGUAGCAGCCGCGAAAGCUGCUAAUAUACACAGUUUUAUUGUUUCACUGCCAAAAGGUUAUGACACUAACUUGGGAGCCAGCGGCGCGCAGUUGUCGGGAGGUCAGAAGCAGCGUGUGUGCAUCGCGCGCGCUCUCAUCAGGUCGCCGCGACUGUUGCUGCUGGACGAAGCCACGUCAGCGUUGGACGCUAACAGCGAACGGGCUGUGUCGGAAGCUUUGGAGAAAGCAGCCAAGGGGCGCACGUGCAUCACAAUAGCUCAUCGUCUAUCAACUAUCAAAGAUGCCGAUCUUAUCUGUGUUCUAGAUAAAGGAAAAAUUGUUGAACGUGGAUCCCAUUCGGAGCUUGUAAGCCAAAGAGGCAGCUACUGGAAGAUGUGCAGAGGACAGAACAUGACUUAAUUCACUAAAAUAACCAAACCAUAAAAAACUACCUUACAAAAAAAGAAGUACAACACUUUUUCCGAGAGACUAGAUCUUGUAAAAGGAAGGUAAAUGUGGAAAAGAUUGAUCUGAAGAUCUUACACUACACUCGUCGUCUUAGUUUUAGUCUACACUCCUUCGACAGUUGAACUUUUCUAUUCUACGUACUUAUUCUUAAAGUAGCGCUAUUGCGGUUUUGGGAGAGGGACACCGUAUUUCGUCUCGUUUUCUCCAAAAAGAGGUGCUGACAGACCCCCCCCCCCCCGCCGGGACAAAGAUAAUUAACAUUGCCGUAAUAUUACACAAUUAUCAACUUUAAAAAUGACUUGAAAAAAAACAUGAUGAUUGAUAAUACUAUCUCCUACUCACGUAAUCAACGACGCUAUAUUAUAUUUUACUUAUUUACAAAGUUUGUACUUCGACAAUAUCGAAUAUGAUUUAAUUUACUUUAUUUUUAGUUAUAUAACCUAUUUGACAAAUAGUUCUAGAAAUAAGUAAUAAGUGAAUUCUUUUUAAAUCGGCCAUAUUAAAGGUCCAAUUUGUAAACCGUUUUGUCGUUAAAACGAGAUAGCUAUAUCUGUUGACAUAGUUCUAUCUCACUCUUGAACAAAAAUAUCUCGGAACAGUCGGAACGUAAAAUACGACCUCAUUUCUAGUAUGUCAGUAUUAAUAAACUUAUUUGCAUUUUGUAUUUUUAAGAUUACUUACUUACAUUUGUAGAUAUAGAUAAACUACUCAUAUCUUUAUAGCUUUAGGUUUAUUAAAACAUGUUUAAUUAUA